UCCUGUCGGCCGAGCGCCUGCGCUCCCACGAGCGGCUCAUCUCGCAGGACCGCCACUACUCCCAGGACCGCAUCCACAUGCAGGACCGCUUGUUGUCGCAGGAGCGCCUUCACUCUCAGGAACGCCUGCAUUCCCAGGACCGCCUCUACUCACAGGACCGCCUUCACUCCAAGGAUCCGCUGAUCUCCCCUGACAAGAUGAUGUCCAUCAAGCGCUCCGGGUUCCACAGCGACAAGUCCAUGUCCAGAGCCAUAUCCCACACGGACGUGUUUAUGCCCACCACGCCUAUCCUGGACUGCUACAAGAUGACGAAAAUGCACUCCCAUCCCAGUGCCUCGAACAACACCCCGCAGAACACUGCGACCAUGAACCAGACGGCCUCCAAGAGGCAGGUCUUCGCCUCGCGCCGCACGCAGACGAUGGAGCAGCUGCACUACGUCCCGCAGCAGCAGCAGCAGCAGCAUCACCAUCACUACC